UAACAAUGAGGGAAAUCGUGCACAUCCAGGCCGAUCCGUGUGGCAAUCAGAUCGAUGCCAAGUUCUGGAAGGUGAUCAGUGAUGAACAUGGCAUCGACCCCACAGACACCUAUCAUGGGGAUAGCGACCUGCAGCUGGACAGCAUCUCCGUGUACUACAAUGAAGCCACAGGUGGCAAAUAUGUUCCUCGUGCUAUCUUGAUGGAUCUAGAACUGGCUACCAUGGACUCUGUUCGCUCGGGUCCUUUUGGUCAGAUCUUCAGACCCGACAACUUUGUUUUUGGUCAGUCUGGGACAGGCAACAACUGGAGCUGUGAUUGCCUGCAAGGCUUCCAGCUGACCCACUCACUAGGUGGAGGCAUGGGCUCUGGAAUGGGCACCUUGCUCAUCAGCAAGAUCCGUGAAGAGUAUCCCGACCGCAUCAUGAACACCUUCAGGGUGGUGCCCUCACCCAAAGUGUCCGACACUGUGGUUGAGCCCUAUAACGCCACCCACUCCGUCUAUCAGCUGGUGGAGAACACUGAUGAGACCUACUGCAUUGACAAUGAGCCCCUUUACAACAUCUGCUUCCACAUCCUCAAGCUUACCACCCCAACCUACGGGGACCUGAACCACCUCGUCUCAGACACCAUGAGUGGUGUCAGCACCUGCCUCCGCUUCCCUGGCCACCUCAAUGCUGACCUCUGCAAGCUGGCAGUCAACAUGGUGCCUUUCCCACGUCUCCACUUUUUCAUGGCUGGCUUUGCCCCUCUAACCAGCUGUGGAAGCCAGCAGUAUCAGGCCCCCACUGUGCCUGAGCUCACCCAGGAGGUCUCCGAUGCCAAGAACAUGAUGGCUGCCUGUGACCCCCGCCAUGGCUGGUGCCUCACGUUGGUCGCUGUCUUCCGUAGGUGGAUGUCCAUAAAGGAGGUGGAUGAGCAGAUGCUCAACGUGCAGAGCAAGAACAGCAGCUAUUUUGUGGACUGGAUCCCCAACAACGUCAAGACAGCCGUCUGCGACAUCCCACCUGGGGGCCUCAAGAUGGCAGUCACCUUCUUUGGCAACAGCACAGCCAUCCAGGAGCUGUUCAAGCGCAUCUCAGAGAAGUUCACUGCCAUGUUCUGCUGGAAGGCCUUCCUCCACUGGUACACAGGUGAAGGCAUGGACGAGAUGGAGUUCAUCAAGGCUGGGAGCAACAUGAAUGACCUCGUCUCCGAAUACCAGCAGUAUGAGGAUGCCAUCUCAGAAGAGGAGGAGGAUUUUGGUGAGGAGGCCGAAGAGGAGGCCUAA